CUUCCGGCUUCCGGCUUCCGGCUUCCGGCGCGGGCGCUCUCCCUGCCGCCGGCCGCCCGCAGCUCUGCGCCCGCGCCCCAGGCCGCCCACUCGACGGGGAGCGCGCCAUGGCCGCCCCGGACCUGUCGGCCAACCUCCAGGAGGAGGCCACCUGCGCCAUCUGCCUCGACUACUUCACGGACCCGGUGAUGACCGACUGCGGCCACAACUUCUGCCGCGAGUGCAUCCGGCGCUGCUGGGGCCAGCCCGAGGGCCCGUACGCCUGCCCCGAGUGCCGCGAGCUGUCGGCGCUGCGCAACCUGCGGCCCAACCGCCCGCUCGCCAAGAUGGCCGAGAUGGCGCGGCGCCUGCACCCGCCGUCGCCCGUGCCGCAGGGCGUGUGCGCCGCGCACCGCGAGCCGCUGGCCGCCUUCUGCGGCGACGAGCUGCGCCUGCUGUGCGCCGCCUGCGAGCGUUCGGGCGAGCACUGGGCGCACCGCGUGCGGCCGCUGCAGGACGCGGCCGACGACCUCAAGGGGAAGCUGGAGAAGUCGCUGGAGCACCUGCGGAAGCAGAUGGAGGACGCCUUGCUGUUCCAGGCCCAGGCUGAGGAGACCUGCGCCCUGUGGCAGAAGAUGGUGGACAGCCAGCGGCAGAACGUGCUGGGCGAGUUUGAGCGGCUGCGCCGCCUGCUGGCCGAGGAGGAGCAGCGGCUGCUGCAGAAGCUGGAGGAGGAGGAGCUGGAGGCGCUGCCCCGGCUGCGGGAGGGCGCAGCCCGGCUGGGCCAGCAGAGUGCACAGCUGGCCCAGCUCAUCGCCGAGCUGGAGGGCCGCUGCCAGCUGCCCGCCCUGGGCCUGCUGCAGGACGUCAAGGAGGUGCUGCACAGGGUCCAGGACGUGAAGCUGCAGCCCCCAGAGGUGGUGCCCAUGGAGCUGCGCACGGUGUGCAGGGUCCCAGGGCUGCUGGACACCCUGCGGCGUUUCCGAGGGGACGUGACCCUGGACCCAGACACUGCCAACCCUGAGCUGGUCCUGUCUGAGGACAGGCGGAGUGUGCAGCGGGGGGACCUGCGGCAGCCCCUGCCCGACAGCCCCGAGCGCUUCGACCCCGGCCCCUGCGUGCUGGGCCAGGAGCGCUUCAGCUCGGGCCGGCACUACUGGGAGGUAGAGGUUGGGGACCGUGCCAGCUGGGCCCUGGGCGUGUGCAGGGACAACGUGGACAGGAAGGAGAAGGGCGAGCUGAGCGUGGGCAACGGGUUCUGGAUCCUGGUGUUCCUGGGCAGCUACUACACCUGCCCCGAGCGUGCCUUCGCCCCGCUGCGGGACCCGCCGCGCCGCGUGGGCGUCUUCCUGGACUACGAGGCCGGCCUGCUGUCCUUCUACAGCGCCACCGACGGCUCGCUGCUCUUCGUCUUCCCACAGACCCCCUUCUCGGGCACGCUGCGGCCCCUCUUCUCGCCACUGUCCAGCAGCCCCACCCCGAUGACCAUCUGCCGGCCGAAAGCCGGGCCAGGGGAGCUCGCUGCUCCACAGUGACCUGGGCCCGUACCUGGCCCCUCGCCGGCCCCGGAAGCAGCAGUCCUGUGAGCAGAGGGAGGCCGGGGUGGCGCCUUUGCAAGCGCGCUCAGGGAAGCGGCGGGCAGCUGUGGGCUCUGUCCACCCCGUGGGUGCUGCUUGGUGCCUGCCGGUUCACAGGGGUCGUGAGCCUUGCACAGAGCAAGCAAUCCAGGACCUGCCCAAGCUGCUGGCUGCCUGGCCCCCAAAGCCCAUGGGCCCCCUGCGUGGGAGAGGCUGGCUGAGGGCCCAGCCUGCACCGGGUGUGGUGCUGUGGCACUGUGGAGUCGGCAGCCCACAAGGCCUCAAGGGAGCAGAACAGGUCCUGGGUGUGGCGGGACCCUGAGCCACUGCUCGCCCUCCCGCUGCCGGCACCCCAGGCUCACAGAAUCCAGGCUUGUUUUUGUGUUAAGGUUAGGGUUUUUCUUACUGUUUUAUUUAUUUUAAGGAAAGCAUUCCCACAUUAAACAGAUGUCCACCACCA